UCAAGAACUGAUUGAAUAUUCGAUUCUCGUUUGCAGAACUUUUCCUAAACAAGUGAUAUUGGUCUAGUACUGCCGCCGGUGAACACCAUUGUGAAUUUUAUAUGUUUUGGUUUUGAGUUGAAAUGUCAGAGACGUUCUGUUUUGCUUUUUAGAUCGAAUGAAUAUAAAGUUAAUGUAACAGUUUUUGAAGGAUGACCUUAAAGUUUCUCAACAAAUUUAGCUGCAUAAAAUCCCGAAAGACCAGUUUUCAUUUAAUUACUCGUAAUGCAUCGCUUGGACUUACCGGCUUUGAGCACGACGAGCUCACUUCUGAAUUAAAACAUAACAUCGAGAAGCACUGGCGACAUAAAUUGGAGAAAACUAAAUUCGAUCCCUCGAAUGUCGACGGUAAAUUCUAUGUACUGUCAAUGUUCCCGUAUCCAUCCGGAAACCUUCAUAUGGGACAUGUACGUGUGUAUACCAUCAGCGAUGCAAUGGCACGAUUUUACCAAAUGAACGGCAAAAAUGUUCUUCAUCCGAUGGGUUGGGACGCGUUCGGAUUACCGGCUGAGAAUGCAGCUAUUCAACGGAAUAUUGCAGCCGAUGUGUGGACGAAACAAAACAUUACACAAAUGAGGGAUCAGCUGUCCAAUUUGGGUUGUUCGUUUGAUUGGGAUAGGGAAUUGGCUACCUGUGAUCCGGCAUACUAUAAGUGGACCCAAUGGUUGUUUCUUCAGUUAUUUAACGCUGGACUAGCCUAUCAGAAAGAGGCUUCGGUCAAUUGGGAUCCAGUUGACAAAACGGUCCUCGCUAAUGAACAAGUCGACGAAUAUGGAAAUUCGUGGCGAUCCGGAGCUAAAGUGGAAAAGAAAUUGCUACGACAGUGGUUCAUCAAAACGACCAAAUUCUCAAAGUCGUUGUACGAUAAACUCGAAACUCGUUCUUACGAUGAUUGGAGAGACAUUCUUAAGGUACAGAAGCAUUGGAUAGGUGAAUGUGACGGAUUCGCAUUUGAUUUGACCACCGACAGUGGAAGCAUGCUGAAUAUUUGGACUAAAACGCCAGAACACUUUGAAAGUGCGGCAUUUGUUGCAAUCAGUAGGGACCACUUACUGAACGUAGACAAAGUAUCGGAUGGAUUGUUAAAUUUUCGUGUAAAGAAUCCGUUCAACGGGAAAACGAUCCCGGUCAUUGUGUCAAACGAUGUGGAAUUUCCAUCGAAAUGCGACACAUACCUUGGACUACCAACAAUAAGCGAAUUCGAUAAGGAGUUUGCCGUCAGAUAUAAGAUACCACUUCCCAGCGAUAGCGUUACCAAAAACCUAGAUCGACAAAGGCAAAAAAUUCUGUCGAAAGCGCAAGAAUCGAACGUUGGUGGAUACGCAUGCAGUUCACAUUUGAAAGAUUGGUCGAUUUCCCGUCAACGACGUUGGGGAACACCAAUACCAAUAGUACACUGCCCGAAUUGCGGUGCAGUUCCAGUUGACGAAUCCGAUCUGCCAGUUCUUCACUCAACGAAUACAGAUGCUGAUCAGAUGACGACUGCAUGUCCUAAAUGUAAGAGUCCUGAAGCUCGACGCGAAUCCGAUACGAUGGAUACAUUUGUGGACAGUUCAUGGUAUUUCCUGCGCUACCUUGAUCCCAAUAAUGACUCAAAGAUUUUCGGUGAAUCUUUGGCCAGAACCAUGCCUGUCGAUUUAUACAUCGGUGGAAAGGAGCACGCUCUGCUGCAUCUGUACUACGCUCGAUUCAUAAAUCAUUUCAUGCACAGUAUCGGGCUUGUUCCGGAGGAGGAACCGUUUAAGCGUUUAUUGGUGCAGGGAAUGGUAAUGGGACAAUCAUAUCGCGUCAGAAGUACGGGCCAAUACUUGAAAGAGUCUGCAGUGAAAAUCGAUGAAAACAGAAACAAGGCCGUAGAAGCAAGCACGGGCGCAGCGGUGGAUAUGCAAUGGGAGAAAAUGUCAAAAUCAAAAUUGAAUGGUGUUGAUCCGGGGGACGCUGUCGCAGAACAUAGUAUCGAUUCGGUGCGUUUGAUUAUGCUUGGUGAUGUUGCACCCACGAGCCAAAGGAAUUGGUCGCCGGCAACGUUCCCCGGCAUUCUGAAUUGGCAACGGCGUAUUUGGCUGACACUGUUUGAGUUUCAUAAAAUUCGUGCCAGUGACAGCAUCAGCAAAGUAGAUACGAGUGCAGCUUUCUUCCUCGAAAAUGAGGCAAAACUACUAGCGUCAAGGAACCAUUUCGUUGCAGGCACCACCUUCAACUACAAAUAUUCACAUCAACUCAGCGUGGCAGUUACUAAAAUGCAAAGUCUGACAAGAGCGAUUCGGGGUACUCCCAAGGAAAUAAUCAAGUACAGCGGUCAAUACCAACGAGCAUUGGCUUCUCUCAUUGUAAUGCUUGCUCCAAUGGCUCCACACUUUGCAUCCGAAUUGUGGUCACUAUUUUUGCGAGUACCGAAUCGGAUCAACAAAUGUCCCGAUAUCGGCAUCGACUGGGACUCGGACGUGUUAGAGCAAUCGUGGCCGAAAAUCGAUCCUCACUAUACGUUGGACUUGACAGUGAAGGUGAAUGGAUCUCCGAAAGGUGUACUGAAAUUUACGUCCGAUGAAUUUGCAAAAAUCGAUCUUGCCGCAGCACUGCAGUAUGCAUUGGAAAUGCCAGAAAUUCAAAAAUUCAAGAAAUAUUUGAUGAUGGAGCGUUCGAGUUAUAUUUACUAUAGGCACUGUCACGGUCAUUUGAAUAUGUUUACACCUCCGCCGAAAAACGUGAAAAAGGCUGUGGAACAGCAGUAGAAUAAAUGUAGUUGUUGAACCGUA